AUGAAUACCCACAAUCAAAUGUCAGACUAUCAGAAGAAUCGUACCGCGAAUGUCGCCGCCUCCCCUGUACCCGCGAUGCCAACGCCAGUAAACUCAAUGCCGAUAUAUCAGUAUCCACUGUCCCAACAGCCACCGCAACCGCAACAACAACCACAGAUGCAAAUGCAGACCCAAUUUCACCCUCAAUAUGCCCAACCUGCCCAGCGACUUUCGGAACACUAUACACCACAGCAUGGACCCCCAGGCCCGUGGCAGCAUGACAUGUGCGAUUGCUUCGACGACAUGUCGACAUGUCUUCUGGGAUUCUGUCUCCCCUGCGUUCUUUACAGUAGAACCCUUGAGCGGAUACGGACCUCACCUUCAACCUUGAAGAACUGGUCGUGUAUAAACCUCUCCUGUAUAUCCUGGUUUUGCACAUGCGGCUCGGGUUCGAGUCGUCAGCGGAAUGAAAUUAGAUACAGAUACAACCUCCAAGGAGGCGGGGUGGGCGAUUGCUGUAGACAUCGUUGCUGCGGUAGCUGUACGUUGAUUCAAGAGGAUAUGGAGGUGAGAGACAGAGAGCGGGCGAGGGCACAGAUGGGAGGGUAUGCAGCGCCGCAGCAGAUGAGCUAUGCGCCCCAGACCCAGGGACAGAUGAAUUAUGCACCGCAGCGCUAG